AUGGAAAGAGCCAUUAUAAAAUUGUGUGUUAUUCACUUAUUCCUUCUCGAAGUUACCGCAGCUAAAAGAGAUAAUAGUGAGGCCGAUGAGCAACAAAACCACCCGGAGACUAACUUCCAGCCUUCAUCUCCAGCUAAUGGUAUUUCUCAUCAUGGUAUUCCAUCACCAGCAAUGCACUAUGGGACCCCUGCUCAAUAUGGAGUUGGAAAUGGACAAGCAGCUUACCCGUACCCAGACCCUUACUACAGAAGUAUAUUCGCGCCUUAUGACACACAGCCUUAUCCCGCGCAAUCUUAUCCUGGCCAGCCAAUGGUACACAUGCAGUUGAUGGGUAUUCAACAAGCUGGUGUUCCUCUCCCUUCAGAAACAGUUGAGGAGCCUGUCUUUGUCAAUGCAAAACAGUAUCACGGCAUCUUAAGGCGUCGACAGUCUCGUGCAAAGGCCGAGUCAGAAAAUAAACUUGCCAAAUCCAGAAAGCCGUAUUUGCAUGAAUCUCGGCAUCUGCACGCAGUCAGAAGGGCUAGGGGCAUGGGUGGGCGUUUCCAGAAGAAGAACGAUAACCAGAAAAAAGAGAUGGAAUCAAACGGUAAGUCACAGGAGCACAUUAACCUGAACACUGAAAACGAAAGUGCAGAGAAAGUGCCAUCUCAAGAUGCAGCUCGAAUGUGA